UGGUGUGUUCAGUAGUUUGCAAGGAAGCCGAUUAGUUCCACAAGAAGAAUCCAAAAUGAAAGUCGCCGCCCUAUUUGUAGUGCUCGCUCUGGCUCUGACGGCCGAGGCUCAACCAGCUUGGCCGUGGGCCCCAUGGCAUGCUGCAUGGCCCGGAGCUUGGCCAGCAGCUGCUUGGCCGGCCGCCACCUAUCCUUGGGGAUGGCCAGCAGCUGUCCCGGCUCCCGCUCCAGUAGUAGCCAUUGAUGCUCCAGCCGUUCCGGAACCUGCCGCCACCUCGGUCACCGCCACCCGUGGAGCAGUGCACGUUGCCCCGCUGCCCGGACAUGCCAUCAACCAGCAGCAACUGAAUCUGGCUCCAGCACCAGGAACUGCCUAGAACUGUCGACCCCCAAAACCCAAACCCCCAUAAAAGCUGCCGUGUUUUCGUUUCACGAUAUACUGCAGAAGUCAAUCUCUGUUACCGAUGCCGAUUUCUUUUCAUACCCACUCUUUUCCUUUUAAAAGCAAUCAGCGCGCGUGGA